AUGGGAUUCCCCCGCCUGCUCUCCAUCUUCUACUGCACCUUCCACCCCACCCAGGGCCCCAAGGUCCUCUACGAAGUGCCCGAGGGUUCAAUUCUAUCCAAGACCUCACCCCUCGUAGACUUCGACUCCAUCUCCGAGUUCCUCAUCCCUAAGGUCGAACUCUGCGCCAAAAUCGUCACCAUCUCAACCCCAACCUGCAAGGUCAUCGGCUACCCGAUCAACCUCGAGCACAAAAAGUUCCAGAGAAAUGCUCUCAUGUUCAACCUCGCCUUUGUCUUUGACAAGGACGCCGAGAUUUCGUCGUACAAGCCCGUUGUCCGGAAAAUGGCACGAGUCCUCAAGGCCCUGGAGAAGGAGAGCGAGUUCCUUAGUCGGCAGACACGGCUGGAGAUGAUGGACAAUGAGGCAUUGGCGAGCCUUAACUCUACAUCAUCUAUCUCGGGACCUUCAGGAACGAGCACGGCUGUAGCGAUAACAACCACAUUAACCAGCAUCACGAAAACUUUGGCUCAGCAACCCGCUGCCAAUGGACAAGUACCACUGGAGACUAUCAGAGAAGGUGCCUCCAACCUGAGCAUCAGCAAGCCCGAUUUAACCAAUGCACAAACACAGGGAUCGACUACUACCACUGACUCUGCCUUGCCUUCAACCUCAAGCACACUUACAGCGCCCACCGACCCAACGACCAAUGGCUCAUCCGCAGCCACAUUGCCAACCGUAUCACAGGAGGGACAUUAUACGGCAGGAGCAGGAACAGGGUUUACGUCCGGUAGCAUUACCUACGCGGCAAUCGUCUCAUCUCCCCCUUCUAUGUCAGGCAGCAGCAUUGGAUCAAUCUUGACAGCUCCACCGUCGUCCUCACCAUUCCCUCCCGCCAGAUCGACAACGAAUCCAGGAGCCACAAACAGUGGAUCGACUGUUGUCGCCAAGGCGAAACCGCAGGAAGCACCCUCCUUGAUGGAUCUAAUGCAGGCUGACGGCAGUGGGAUGCAGAACUUGAUUGAGCAAUUGAUCGAGGAUCUCAACAGUUAUUGCGAGUGCCAGAUUCCUAUCGAUUCUGCAAACACAAUCAACUUAAAGCUAUUUCCGACAUACCCUAACCCAGCACCGGUUUACGACUACCAGGUGCCCAUCUCGACAGUCAACCUGGAGGCGUUGACAGAUGUCAAUUGGGACAUGACAAUGCAGAGGAUCACAGGAUACAUCAACGGUGUCAACUCAGUCAAGAAGAUUGCCGAGUACGCCGAUGUGGAAACAGUUCUCGCUAGGAUGUGCAUGGAGCACUUGCUGUAUUACGGUUGCAUCAUCAUGGUCGACUUGUUCCAGUUCAAGAAUAUCUACGCCGUCAAGAUGGAGAUGAUGCGACUCACAGAGGAUGUUGCUCUGCAGUAUGAGUGUGUCGCGUAUGUCACAUUACCAGAUAUGCACGCUCCAUCCUUUGCCAAAAUCUUUUCACUCUACUGCUCUCUUCAGUACGGCGUUGUUCUCCAGGACUGGAUUGAGCAGAACCAAAUUGCAGACUACAACAUUGACGUGAGGCGCUUCAUAUCCUUUGGUGUGAUCAAGGGGUUCCUCUACAGGGUGCACAAAUACCCCAUUCUGGAUUACUACGAUCCAGCGACCUCCGGCUCAGCACCUUCCUCCGCACCUUCCUCCGCUAAAGUACACACACCACAACCAGUGAACGCAGAGGCUGCACCCUCGACCGCUACUGCCGCUGCACCUAAUGGAAGGGUACCAAGUCGGCCUGGUACACCUUCUGCCAUUCCAUCAAACCAAAAGAAAAUGUAUGGCGACAACUUGGCACCGACAGAUCAGCAAACUCAUGCCCAGCAACACCAAGGUAUGCAGCAACACCAACAGGGGUCGUCCAAUGACUCGGCUUCAGGAGUUGUGAUACCUCCUGCCCUCAGAAAACGCUUGAAUGGUCAACACCACUAUGACGAACUCUGCACUCAUUUCGGCUGUAGUGUACGAGACCUUGACAAGCUGCUGGCCACCGAUAGUCGCGUCAAGUUCAUCUACCGCUAG